GUGGAGUGUCCCGUGCUCGGCGUGCACAUCUCGGAGGGCCCGUCGUCGUCGAGGCAAGCCCCAACUGUGGAGUGCACACCAGGACUUGGUCUGGAUCCAGGUCUAGAUCGCUGUGCUCGGUCCGGGUCCAACUGGUGAUCCAAGACCACUCAGAGAGGGGAGCGGCAACAAAAAGAAGAAAGACUCGCGUUUCAGUCGGAGGGAUCGCCGGACCGAGCGAUGGGAUCAGGGAAGUUGGCCCGGGUGUUGCUGGGAUGGGUGGCGGUGUGUCUGGCACCGGCCCAGGUGGCGUACGGCCAGACCGGGACCGGGACCGGCACCGGGACCGGGAACGGGGCGCCGCUCCAAGCCAGCCGCUUCACCGCCGCCACGGACCAGAGGGAGGUGCAGCGGGUCCGACGCCGAGGCCAGGAGACUCUGAGAGGGCCCAACGUGUGCGGCUCUCGCUUCCACUCGUACUGCUGUCCCGGAUGGAAGACUCUGCCGGGAGGGAACCAGUGUAUCGUCCCCAUUUGCAGGAACUCCUGCGGCGAUGGCUUCUGUUCCAGACCCAACAUGUGUACCUGCUCCAGUGGACAGCUCUCUUCCAGCUGCGGAGCAGGAGGAGGAGUGCAGUCGUGCAACGUCAGGUGCAUGAAUGGCGGGAGUUGUGCCGAGGACUCCUGCACGUGUCCUAAAGGCUUCACGGGGAACCACUGCGGACAACCUGUGUGCGAGAACGGCUGCCAGAACGGCGGACGCUGCAUCGGCCCCAACAGGUGCGCGUGCGUGUACGGCUUCACCGGCCCGCAGUGCGAGAGAGACUACAGGACUGGACCGUGUUUCACGCAGGUGAACAACCAGAUGUGCCAGGGCCAGCUCAGCGGGAUAGUCUGCACCAAGACGCUCUGCUGCGCCACCAUCGGGCGCGCAUGGGGUCACCCUUGCGAGCAGUGCCCCGCCCAGCCCCACCCGUGCAGACGCGGCUUCAUUCCCAACAUCCGCACCGGAGCCUGCCAAGACGUGGACGAGUGUCAAGCAGUGCCGGGUCUCUGUGCUGGAGGGAACUGCAUCAACACCGUGGGAUCCUACGAGUGCAAAUGUCCCGCCGGCCACCGUCAGAGUGAAACCAGCCACAAAUGUGAAGACGUUGACGAAUGCAGCACCAUCCCCGGCGUGUGUGACGGAGGCGAGUGCACCAACACGGCCGGUAGUUACGUCUGCAGCUGCCCACGCGGGUACAUCUCCAGCACAGAUGGCUCCAGAUGCGUGGACCAGCGGGCGGGCACAUGUUUCUCCGCCCUGGCCAACGGUCGAUGUGCAGCCGAGCAGAGCGGGCAGUUCACCAAGAUGCAAUGUUGCUGUGACACGGGACGCUGUUGGGCCCUGGGACAGAUCCCUGAGAUGUGUCCCGUCAGAGGCUCUGACGAGUUCCGUCGUCUGUGCAUCGUGGGCGUCCCUUGGGGACAUGGUCUCCCCAACCCCUACCCCAAUGGAAACUUCCCCAACAACAACGGCUACGGGUACAACAAGUACCCCAACGGGAACGGCGGCAACGGGGGCGGAGGCUUUGGCGGAAACGGCGGCAACGGGGGCGGAAGCUUCGGGGGCAACGGAGGAAGCUUCGGAGGCAACGGGGGAGGCUUCGGAGGCGGACAUAUAACCCAUCCAAUAGGUACGGUCUCUGUGAACGACUCCGUCGAUGUUUGCAAGCACUUCACCAAUCUGUGUCUGAACGGCCGCUGCAUCCCCACGCCCACGAGCUACCGCUGCGAGUGCAACAUGGGCUACAAGCAGGAUGUCCGCGGGGAGUGUAUCGAUGUGGACGAGUGCGUGAGUAACCCGUGCAUCAACGGCGACUGCGUCAACACGCCGGGCUCGUACCACUGCAAGUGUCACGAGGGCUACCAGGGGACCCCCACCAAGCAAGCCUGCAUCGAUAUCGACGAGUGUAUCGUGAACGGGGUGAUGUGUCGCAAUGGCCGCUGCGUCAACACGGAGGGAAGCUUCCAGUGCAUCUGCAACGCCGGCUUUGAGCUCACUCCCGACGGCAAGAACUGCAUCGAUCACGACGAGUGCGCCACCACCAACAUGUGUCUGAACGGCAUGUGCAUCAACGAGGACGGCAGCUUUAAGUGCAUCUGCAAGCCCGGCUUUGCACUCGCACCCAACGGACGCUACUGCACUGACAUCGACGAGUGCCAGACUCCGGGAAUCUGCAUGAACGGGCGCUGCAUCAACUCCGAGGGCUCCUUCCGCUGCGAGUGCCCGCCCGGCCUGGCGGUCGACGUGGACGGGAGAGUGUGCGUGGACACGCACAUGAGGACCACCUGUUACGGCGCCAUCAAGAUGGGCACGUGUUCGCGGCCCUUCCCCGGCGCCGUGACCAAGUCCGAGUGCUGCUGCGCCAACGCCGAGCACGGCUUCGGAGAGCCGUGCCAGCCGUGCCCGUCCAGAAACUCAGCGGAGUUCCAGGCCGUGUGCAGUAGCGGUAUCGGCAUCACGGCCGACGGCAGAGACAUCAACGAGUGCGCCCUGGACCCGGACAUUUGUCAGAACGGCAUCUGUGAGAAUCUGAGAGGGAGCUACCGUUGCAUCUGUAACAUCGGCUACGAGUCGGACACCAGCGGCAAAAACUGUGUUGACAUCAACGAGUGUCUGGUGAACCGUCUGCUUUGCGACAACGGCCUGUGCAGAAACACUCCCGGCUCGUACACGUGCUCAUGUCCCAAAGGUUUCGUCUUCAAGCCAGACUCUGAGACAUGUGAAGAUAUCAAUGAAUGCGAGUUGAAGCCGUGUGUCAACGGGGUGUGUCGCAAUGUGAUCGGGUCCUUCAACUGUGAGUGCACCCACGGGAGCAAACUGGACUCUACCAACACCAUCUGUGUGGAUAGCAUGAAGAGCACUUGCUGGCUGACCAUGCAGGACAGCCGCUGCGAGGUGAACAUCAACGGCGCCACGCUCAAGUCCGAGUGCUGCUCCACCCUGGGAGCCGCCUGGGGAAGCCCCUGCGAACCCUGCGAGAUCGACACCGCCUGUUCCCGAGGAUUCGCUCGCAUGAAGGGUGUGGUCUGCGAAGACAUCAACGAGUGUGAGGUGUUCCCGGGGGUGUGCACAAACGGCCGCUGCGUGAACAGCCAGGGUUCUUUCCGCUGCGAGUGCGCCGAGGGUCUGACUUUGGACAGCACGGGACGAACCUGCGUUGACAUGCGCAGCGAGCAGUGCUACAUGAAGUGGCACGAGGACGAGUGCGGCGAGCCGCUGCCCGGGCGCUACCGAGUGGACAUGUGCUGCUGCUCUGUGGGGGCCGCCUGGGGUGUGGACUGUGACGAGUGUCCCAAACCCACCUCGCCCGAGUACAGAGCCAUCUGUCCCAGAGGACCAGGUUUUGCGAACAGGGACAUUUUGACUGGCAGGCCUUUCUACAAAGAUGUGAAUGAAUGUAAGGUCUUCCAGAGUCUGUGCAGUCACGGAACGUGCCGGAACACCAUCGGAAGUUUCAAGUGCCGCUGCAACGGAGGCUUUGCCCUGACGGCUGAGGAGAGAAACUGCACAGACAUUGACGAGUGUCGCAUCUCCCCGGACCUGUGCGGCCACGGCACCUGUGUCAACACGCCCGGCAGCUUCGAGUGCGAAUGCUUCGAAGGCUACGAGAGCGGCUUCAUGAUGAUGAAGAACUGCAUGGAUGUCGACGAGUGCGAGCGAAACCCCCUGCUGUGUCGCGGGGGCACCUGUCUCAACACGGAGGGCAGUUACGAGUGUGAAUGCCCCCCCGGACACACGCUCAGUAGUGAUGGGUCCGCUUGUGAAGAUGUGAACGAGUGCCAGCUGAGCGACAACUUGUGUAAGCACGGUCAGUGUGUCAACAUGCCAGGGACCUACCAGUGCUCCUGUGACACCGGCUACCAGGCCACGCCAGACCGACAAGGGUGUGUUGAUAUCGACGAGUGCACCAUCAUGAACGGCGGCUGUGAGACCCACUGCACCAACUCUGAGGGGAGCUAUGAGUGCAGCUGCAGCGAAGGCUACGCUCUCAUGCCCGACCUCAGGACAUGCUCAGACAUCGACGAGUGCGAGGAGACGCCGGACAUCUGCGACGGAGGCCAGUGCACCAACAUUCCCGGGGAAUACCGCUGCCUGUGCUACGACGGCUUCAUGGCCUCCAUGGACAUGAGGACCUGCAUCGAUGUGAACGAGUGCGAUUUGAACCCCAACAUCUGUCUCCAUGGCGACUGUGAGAACACCAAGGGCUCCUUCAUCUGCCACUGUCAGCUGGGAUACUUUGUCAAGAAGGGAUCCACAGGGUGCACAGAUAUUGACGAGUGUGAGGUCGGCGCUCAUAACUGCGACAUGCACGCCGCCUGCAUCAACGUCCCCGGGAGCUUCAAGUGUCGCUGUCGGGACGGCUGGCUGGGAGACGGCAUCAAGUGUGUGGACCAGGACGAGUGCGCCGCGGAGGACCACAACUGCAACCUCAAUGCGGACUGCGUGAACACGCCGGGAUCCUACAGGUGCGCCUGCAAGGAGGGCUUCAAUGGGGACGGCUUUUCUUGCUCAGACAUGGACGAGUGCGCCGACAACGUCAACUUGUGCGAGAACGGCCAGUGUCUCAACGCCCCGGGCGGUUACCGCUGCGAGUGCGAGAUGGGAUUCACCCCCACCGAGGACAGCAAGGCCUGUCAAGACAUCGACGAGUGUAACUUCCAGAACAUCUGCGUCUUCGGAACGUGCCAGAACCUUCCCGGCAUGUUCCGCUGCGUGUGCGACGACGGCUACGAACUGGACCGCAGCGGAGGAAACUGCACAGACAUCAACGAGUGCGCCGACCCCGUCAACUGCAUCAACGGGCUGUGCGUCAACACGCCGGGGAGCUACUUGUGCAACUGCCCCGCCGACUUUGAGCUCAACCCCACUGGCGUCGGCUGCGUAGAUACUCGGGUGGGGAACUGCUUCCUGGACAUCCUGGCACGCGGCGACGGCGGAAUCUCCUGCAGCGCCGAGAUCGGCGUGGGCGUGACCCGAGCGUCGUGCUGCUGCUCUUUGGGAGGAGCCUGGGGGAACCCCUGUGAACUGUGCCCCGCCCCCAACUCAACCGAGUAUAGGACCCUUUGUCCUGGAGGAGAGGGCUUCAGACCCAACCCCAUCACCGUCAUCCUGGAAGAUAUCGACGAGUGCCAGGAGCUUCCGGGUCUCUGCCAGGGUGGCAACUGUGUCAACACCUUCGGUAGCUUCCAGUGCGAGUGCCCGGCAGGGUACUACCUCAACGUGGAGACUCGCAUAUGCGAAGACAUCGACGAAUGCACCGCCCACAUCGGCAUCUGUGGGCCCGGCACCUGCUACAACACCUUGGGGAACUACACCUGCGUGUGCCCGCCCGAGUACAUGCAGGUCAACGGCGGCAACAACUGCAUGGACAUGAGGAAGAGCGUCUGCUACCGCAACUUCAACGACACGUGCGAGAACGAGCUGUCCUUCAACAUGACCAAGAAGAUGUGCUGCUGUGCCUACAACGUGGGCAAGGCUUGGAACAAGCCGUGCGAGGCCUGUCCUACACCUGCUACCUCCCAGUACCAGUUGCUGUGUGGUAACCAAGCGCCCGGCUUCAUCAUCGACAUCCACACCGGCAAGCCCGUGGACAUUGACGAGUGCAGGGAAAUCCCCGGCAUCUGUGCCAACGGCGUGUGCAUCAACCAGAUCGGCAGCUUCCGGUGCGAAUGUCCGAUGGGCUUCAGCUACAACAACAUCCUCCUCAUCUGCGAAGACAUCGACGAGUGCAACAGCGGCGACAACCUGUGCCAGCGCAACGCCAACUGCAUCAACAUCCCGGGCAGCUACCGCUGCGAGUGCUCGCCGGGCUUCAAGCUGUCCCCCGGCGGGGCCUGCGUGGACCGCAACGAGUGCCAGGAGAUCCCCAACGUGUGCAGCCAUGGCGAGUGCAUCGACACCCAGGGCAGUUACCGAUGUCUCUGCCACAACGGCUUCAAGGCCACCGCCGACCAGACCAUGUGCAUGGACAUCGACGAGUGCGACAGGCAGCCGUGCGGCAACGGUACCUGUAAGAACACGGUGGGCUCCUACAACUGUCUGUGCUUCCCCGGGUUCGAACUCACGCACAACAACGACUGCAUGGACGUGGACGAGUGCAGCGCUCUGCAGGGUCAGGUGUGCAGGAACGGACAGUGCAUCAACGGGCUGGGCUCCUUCCAGUGCCUCUGCCUGGACGGGUAUGAGAACACACCGGACGGCAAGAACUGUGCCGACAUCAACGAGUGUGUGAGUCUACCUGGCACCUGUUCACCUGGUACCUGUCAGAACCUGGACGGCUCCUUCAGGUGUAUCUGUCCUCCCGGCUACGAGGUGCACAACGACCAGUGUAUUGACAUCAACGAGUGCGAGGUGGAACCCAACCUGUGCCAGUUCGGUACCUGCACCAACUCGCCCGGCAGCUUCCAGUGCACCUGCCAGCCGGGCUUCGUGCUCUCCGACAACAAACGCCGUUGCUACGACACGCGGGAGAGUUUCUGCUUCACCAAGUUCGAGGCGGGCAAGUGUUCCGUGCCCAAGGCCUUCAACACCACCAAGGCCAAGUGCUGCUGCAGCAAGAUGCCGGGGGAGGGCUGGGGGCUUCCUUGUGAGCUGUGCCCCCGGGAGACGGAAGCCGCCUUCAACACUUUAUGUCCGUACGGCCACGGAGCGCUGCCAGGACCAGGCAACGCUCGCGAAGACAUGAACGAGUGUCUGGACAACCCAGGUAUCUGCCAGAAUGGUAUCUGCAUCAACACCGAUGGAUCGUUCCGCUGCGAAUGUCCCUUUGGAUACAACCUGGACUACACUGGAGUCAACUGUAUCGACACUGACGAGUGUUCCAUCGGGAACCCGUGUGGGAACGGAACCUGCACCAACGUGGUCGGAGGCUUCGAGUGUUCGUGCCAGGAGGGUUUCGAACCAGGACCCAUGAUGACCUGCGAAGACAUCAACGAGUGCUCCAAGAACCCCCUGCUGUGCGCCUUCCGCUGCGUCAACACCUUCGGCGCGUACGAGUGCAUGUGUCCCGCCGGCUACGUGCUGCGGGACGACCAGCGCAUGUGUCGAGACCAGGACGAGUGUUCCGAGGGUCUGGAUGACUGCGACUCCAAGGGGAUGACCUGCAAGAACCUGAUCGGGACCUUCAUGUGUAUUUGCCCGCCCGGCAUGCAGCGCCGGCCGGACGGAGAGGGAUGCAUGGACCUGAACGAGUGCCGAGCCAAACCCGGCAUCUGCAAGAACGGACGCUGCGUCAACACGGUGGGAAGUUACAGCUGCGAGUGUAACGACGGCUUCGAGCCCAGCUCCACGAGAACCGAGUGCAUCGACAACCGCCAGGGCUUCUGCUACAUGGAGACCCUGCAGACUAUGUGCCAGCAGUCGUCCACCAACAGGAACAGCGUGACCAAGUCAGAGUGCUGCUGCAACACGGGCCGAGGCUGGGGGUCCCAGUGUGAACUCUGUCCUGUGCCCGGUACCGUCCUCUACAAGAAGAUGUGUCCUCUGGGACCCGGCUACACCACCGACGGCAGGGACAUCAACGAGUGUCAGGUGGUGCCCGACCUGUGUGUUCACGGCCAGUGCAUCAACACCAUCGGAUCCUUCCGCUGCCACUGUGACAUCGGCUACAAGACCGACUUCACCGCUACGUCCUGCGUCGACAUGGACGAGUGCGCGCUGUCGCCCAAGCCGUGUAACUUCCUGUGCAAGAACACGGAGGGCAGCUACCUGUGCUCCUGUCCUCGAGGCUACAGUCUGCAGCCUGACGGAAAAACUUGCAAAGACCUGGACGAGUGUUCCAGCAAGCAGCACAACUGCCAGUUCCUUUGUGUCAACACCAUCGGCGGCUUCACCUGCAAGUGUCCUCCCGGCUUCACUCAGCAUCAAACGGCAUGCAUCGACAACAACGAGUGCACGGCUCAGAGCUCCGCGUGCGGGUCCCAGGCCGCUUGUGUCAACACGCCGGGCAGCUUCAACUGCGAGUGCUCCAAGGGCUUCUCCCUGGACACGUCGGGUGUGGAGUGCGAGGACGUGGACGAGUGCAGCAGCAACCACCGCUGCCAACAUGGCUGCCAGAACAUGAUGGGCGGCUUCCGCUGUGGAUGUCCUCAAGGCUACGUGCAGCACUACCAGUGGAACCAGUGUGUGGACGAGAACGAGUGCCAGGCGGGCGCCAUGUGUGGCUCCGCCUCCUGCUACAACACGCUGGGCAGCUUCAAGUGCGUGUGUCCGUCGGGCUUCGACUUCGAGCAGUCGGCGGGCGGCUGCCAGGACGUGAACGAGUGCUCGCAGGGCGGCAACCCGUGCAUCUACGGCUGCUCCAACACCGACGGAGGGUACCUGUGCGGGUGUCCUGGGGGCUUCUACCGCGCCGGGCAAGGUCACUGCCUGUCAGGUUCAGGCUUCCCCGGCCAGUUAUCAUCAGAAGGCGACGAGGAGGACGACUUGUCUCCUGAGGCUUGUUACGAGUGCAAGAUCAACGGCGGCAAGAACGGACGCCACAAACGCAACACGGCUGACAACCAGCUGGAGGAGCACGUGAGUCUGGCCAGCGUGGACACGCAGGCGUGGCUCCCCAUCAACGUGUCGCUGGCCCGGCUGCUCAACAAGGAGCCCCUCCUGGAGCUGCUGCCGGCCCUGCAGCCUCUGGAGCGCCACGUGCGCUACGUCAUCACCCACGGCAACGCCCAGGAACACUUCCGCCUGCUGGAGCGCCGCGACGGCAAGAGCGUGCUGCGGCUGGGCAAGAGGCCGCCGCCCGCCGGCUCCUACCGGCUGGACGUGGCCAGCCUGCCGCUGUUCGGCCCGCGGAGACGCCACCAGCUGGAGGAGCAGCACGACAAGGACUACCUGCAGGGGGUCAUCGGGGACGCCCUGCGCAUCAAGCUCCACAUCCACCUGCACUGAGCACACCUUUUGGGUCCUCAAGGGCGACCAAAGACUGAGUCACUCAGCCCAAGUCCACCUUUAUGUUAUUACAUGUUGUCCUUUCAACAAGACCCCCUGUGGAGCAGACGCCAGCAGCCCGGACCCUCCCCCCCCCCCCCCACCCACCCCCAAACAUCAAGUCCAUCCAGCGCUUUGUGGGCCAGUCCAGAAAGAAGAAAAAAAAGACAACAGAGGGGGAAAAAAAACAAAAAAAAGUGCCAAAGUUGUCUUUUUGAGGUCCAAAAUGUCGCGACAAACUCCUCAUUCUCCUCCAAAACACUCCCAUGACGCGUAAAACACAAAGAAAAAUGCUACAAAUGCUAAAAACACAAACAAACACUCCAAAACAAGUGCAUCAGGGAAAUGCUGCAAGUUCACAAAACCAAACUUAAAGUUGGCUAAGCUACCGGGAAGUUGGCUUAGCAACUAGGGAGUAGGUCACGCUAAAAGAAUGUCGGCCAUCUAUGACGUCAGCUAAGCUGCCAGGAAGUUAGUCAAACUACCAAGAAGUUAGCCAACCUUACCAGGAAGAUAGUUAAGCUAAAAUUAUGUUAGCUAAGCUACCUGGAAGUUAGCUGAGCUAUCGGAAAGUUAGUCAAGCUACCAGCAAGUUUAAGCUACCUGAAAGUUAACUAAGUUACCAGGAUGUUGGCUAAACUACCAGGAUGAUAGCUAAGCUACCUGGAAGGUAACUAAGUCACCAGGAUGUUGGCUAAGCUACCAGGAAGUUAGUCCGGCUGCCAGGAAGUUGGCUAAAUUACCAGGAACUUAGUCAAGCAAUCAGGAAGUUGGCUAAACGACCAGGAAGUUAGCUAAACUACCAGGAUGUUGGCUAAAAUACCAGGAAGAUAGUUAAGCUAAAGUUAUGUUAGCUAAGCUACAUGGAAGUUAGCUGAGCUAUCAGAAAGUUAGUCAAGCUACCAGCAAGUUUAAGCUACCUGAAAGUUAACUAAGUUGCCAGGAUGUUGGCUAAGCUACCAGGAAGUUGGCUAAACUACCAGGAUGAUAGCUAAGCUACCUGGAAGGUAACUAAGUCACCAGGGUGUUGGUUAAGCUACCAAUAAGUUAGUCCGGCUGCCAGGAAGUUGGCUAAGUUACCAAGAACUUAGUCAAGCAAUCAGGAAGUUAGCUAAACGAUCAGGAAGUUAGCUAAACUACCAGGAUGUUGGCUAAAAUAACAGGAUGUUGGCUAAGAUACCAGGAUGUUGGCUAAGGUACCAGGAAGUUAGCUAAACUACCAGAUUUAGUCAAGCUACCAGCAAGUUUAAGCUACCAGGAUGAUAGCUAAGCUACCUGGAAGGUAACUAAGUUACCAGGAUGUUGGCUAAGCUACCAGGAAGUUAGUCAAGCUGCCAGGAAGUUGGCCAAACGAUCAGGAAGUUAGCUAGGCUACCAGGAUAUUGGCUAAGCUACCAGGAUGUUAGCUAAGCUACCAGGAAGUUAGCUAAACUACCAGGAAAUAUGUUAAUCUACCAGGAAGUUAGUUAAGCUACCAGGAAGUUAGCUAAACUACCAGGAAAUAUGUCAAUCUACCAGGAAGUUAGUUAAGCUACCAGGAAGUUAGCCAACAUGACCAGGAAGUUAGUUAAAUGACCAGGAAGUUAGUUAAGCUGAAAUGUUAGCUAAGCUACCAGGAAGUUAGCUAAACUACCAGGAAAAAUGUCAAUGUACCAGGAAGUUAGUUAAGUUACCAGGAAGUUAGUCAACAUGACCAGGAAGUUAGUUAUUGUUGUUUACAUUCAGAGCAGACAUCUGUGAAGACAAUAUAUGUCCGACUUUGCCACCAACACCUGUGACCUGCAGGCCCCGUUCUAGUUCUAGUUCCAGUUCCAGUUCUAGUUCCAGUUCCAGUUCUAGUUCCAGUUCCAGUUCUAGUUCCAGUUCCAGUUCCAGUUCUAGUUCCAGUUCUAGUUGUAGUUCCAGUUCCAUUUUCAGUUCUAGUUCUAAUUCUAGUUGUAAUUCUAGUUUCAGUUCUAGUUCCAGUUCUAGUUGUAGUGCUAGUUGGUAUUCCCAGUAGUAACUGGGAGAAGCAGACAUGGAACUCUAAGCUACCAGGAAGUUAGCUAAACUACCAGGAAAUAUGUCAAUCUACCAGGAAGUUAGUUAAGCUACCAGGAAGUUAGCCAACAUGACCAGGAAGUUAGUUAAAUAACCAGGAAGUUAGUUAAGCUGAAAUGUUAGCUAAGCUACCAGGAAGUUAGCUAAACUACCAGGAAAAAUGUCAAUCAACCAGGAAGUUAGUUAAGUUACCAGGAAGUUAGUCAACAUGACCAGGAAGUUAGUUAUUGUUGUUUACAUUCAGAGCAAACAUCUGUGAAGACAAUAUAUGUCCGACUUUGCCACCAACACCUGUGACCUGCAGGCCCCGUUCUAGUUCUAGUUCCAGUUCCAGUUCUUGUUCUAGUUCCAGUUCUAGUUCCAGUUCCAGUUCUAGUUCCAGUUCCAGUUCCAGUUCCAGUUCUAGUUCCAGUUCUAGUUGUAGUUCCAGUUCCAUUUUCAGUUCUAGUUCUAAUUCUAGUUCUAGUGCUAGUUUUAGUUCCAGUUCCAGUUCUAGUUGUAGUGCUAGUUGGUAUUCCCAGUAGUAACUGGGAGAAGCAGACAUGGAACUCUAAGCUACCAGCAAGUUAGUCAACAAAUGAGGUCAUCCGCCUGUUACAAUUUUUAAACAUUUUUUAAAAUAACUUUAAUUUAAUUUAAGGUGUGCUUUGUAUUUGUAUUUAAAAAAAAUACCCCAAAUAAAUAUAAUUUAUAAACCAAAGUGAUAAAAAAGUGUUUUUUAAAGUGCCUAAAAACCAACACUUGUGUCAUGUUAAGUUAAAGUCAAAGUAGCAAUGAUAGUCACACACACACACACUCGGUGUGGUGAGAUUAUUCUCUGCAUUUGACCCAUCCCCUUGUUCACCCCCUGGGAUGUGAGGGGAGCAGUGAGCAGCUGCGGUGGCCGCGCCCGGGAAUCAUUUUUUGGUGAUUUAACCCCCUUUAACCUUUUUAUAGUGACGUUACAUGUCCCUAAUAUGGUGUCCUUUUUUUAUUUUUUUUACCAUUUGCAGCAUUUUUCAUUAGCUUAUACUUCCUGAUAGUGCAAAUUAAAAGUAGCAAUAUAUUUCAUGGUCAAAUUGGGAAAUUGACUGGUUUUUACAGCAUUUUUCUCCAAAUGAAAAAAACUGUAUUUUUUUUUUUUACUGUAAUAAACUGUGCCGCCGUUUUGGCAUUUACAGUAAUACACCCAAAUAUACACACUUGUUGAUUAGCGGUAAAAAAAAACAAAAAAAAAACAAACUGGCAGCUCAGGUGCCAAAAUGUUACUGUAAAAUUGCAGGUUUUUUUUAUUUACAGUACAAAAAACAAAUGACCUGCCUUUUUUUUACCAUAAAAA